AUGUCCCUCCAGUCCUCCAUCAACACCAUCAACCAGCAGUCAGGUCUCAUGAAGCAGAACCUCAACGACAACAACCUCCUUCAGGCUCUCAAGCACUGCCUGAACUUCCUCAAUGAGUUGCGAAUUAACAAACUCUCCCCCAAGCAGUACUACGAGAUAUACAUGAUGGUGUUCGACUCGUUGGAAGUGUUGCUGAACCACUUGGCGCAAACUACCCAGAAGAAGAAAAAGAAAGACACUCCCUACUUGGCUGACUUGUAUGAGUUGGUGCAAUAUUCCGGAAAUAUCAUUCCCAGGCUCUACAUGAUGAUCAUGGUUGGAACCACCUACAUGGCCACUCCUGGAGCACCAACCAAGGAAAUAAUGAAGGACAUGAUCGAGAUGUGUCGAGGCGUCCAGCACCCCAUCAGAGGCUUGUUUUUGAGGUACUACUUGUCGCAGAGAAUCAAGGACUUAUUGCCUUUGGACAACGAGGAAGACUUCAACGAAACCGUGCAUUUCUUGGUGUCCAACUUCAUAGAAAUGACCAAGUUAUGGGUGCGCCUCCAGCACCAGGGCCAUUCAUCCGAGCGGGAGUUAAGGUACAAGGAAAGAAAGGAAUUGAAGAUUUUAGUAGGCUCCAACCUCGUUCGUCUUUCACAAAUCAUCGACGAUUACCAGGGAGGCGAAUCGUACUCUAGCAUCAAUUACUACGCGGAAAAUAUUCUACCAACCAUCACUGAGCAAAUCAUCCAGUGUCGUGACCACUUGGCCCAAAGCUAUUUGAUUGAUGUGUUGAUCCAGAUUUUCCCGGAUGAUUUCCACUUUGCUACCUUGCCGUUCUUAUUGAAUGACGUGUUCAUCAACCUCCAUCCUCUCCUCAAGAAAAGCGAGUUGGUGGCCACUCUUAUUGAAAGAUUUGUUAAUUAUCAUAACAAUGAGGCAGAAAUGGUGGGCAAGCUUUCUCUUGAAAAUAAACCUCAAGUUGAUUUAUUUCCAAUUUUUUGGGACUUUUACGUCAAGCUCCAUGAGAUGGACUCCGAACUUCCAAUAGAUGAACAUUCCAUAUUCCUACAAUCGUUUAUCACCUUGUCUUUAACUUACUACCCUGAUAAUUAUCAAAAUUUGGACACCAUCUAUCAAUUUGCCACUGAAAAGUUAGCAACAAAAGAAUCUGGAUCAGAAGAGCAAGAUUUAUGGUUCCGCUUAUUGGUUGCACCAAUCCAACACUUCCAAUCUAUCAAGACAUUGUUCAAACUUCCAUUCUUUUUUGAGUUUUAUCACAAGUUGACGAGUGUCCAAUAUCAAAAACAACUUUCGUUGGAAAUUAUCAACAAGCUAUUGUCGGAUAAAAAUGAGCAGUUUUCCACCACCGAAGAUAUUGAUGGAAUAUUCAAGUACCUAUUGGUGUUGAUUAAAGACCCAACUGAAAAAUUGGAUACAGCGAAGAAUUUGGGGAUUACGAAAACAUAUAAAGUCAACAACGGGGAAGGGAUUGUCACACAAGAGUUUUUAAGUAACCAAGAAAAGAUAUGUAAGGUUAUCCACUUGAUUGAAACCCCAACGGAUCCUUUCAAAAACAUUUCCAACUUGAUGUAUGUAAGGAAGAAAUAUUUGAACAAAGAAUUCAAGAAUAUUAUCUACACUUAUCCAGCACUUAUCAUGAAGAUUUUGAACAAGUUGAGAUUGAUCGGUUACUAUGUUGCUGAAUUGAAAAAGCAAGGAAAAGACAUAACUCACCAGGAGUUGUUGAUCACAUCUAAUUUCAAGAACUUAUCAGUUAUUAUCGACGAGUUGUACCAUUACCAUCAAGAAUAUCAUUCAGAAUUGAUAUUGAAAAUCUAUUUGAAUGCAGCAUCAGCAGCUGAUCAAUUGAGCCAGCAAUCCUUGAGUUAUGAGUUAUUCAAUCAAUGUUUCGUUGUUUAUGAAGAGAAUUUGAUUUUGAACCCAUCUCACAAUAAUCGUCAAAUAAACCCUCACGAUUCUUUAGGAGAGGCUUCGGUUCCAUACCAAUCAAUCUUACUGAUCGCAGACAAGUUGUACACGUUGAGAAAUUUCAACAAGGAGAACUAUGAGAAUUUAAUUACCAAACUUACCUUGUAUGGAUCCAAGUUAUUGAAGAAACAAGAUCAAUGUCGUGCAGUCUACUUCUGUGCUCAUUUGUGGUGGUGGUGUGCUUAUUUGCCAGAUGAGCAAGACAAUAAUAGUAGAGAGAAUGUGGACGACGACUUCAAACGGAUUUUGGAAUGUUUACAGAAGGCAUUGAGAGUCGCAGAUUCAUGUAUGGAUCCAUAUUUGUCAUUGAAGUUAUUCAUUGAAAUUCUCAACAGGUGUUUGAUUUUCAACGUCGCUGAUGAUGAAGGAAAUACCGUUAUUGAUGCCAAAUACAUCAAUGGCUUGAUUGAUCUUAUCAGGACUAACAUUGAUAAUUUGAAUGAUGAGGAAGAUCCUGCUAGGGCCUUUAAUGAAGAGGACGAAAACAACCAAGAAGCAAGAUUGUUCAGAUUCAGUAGAGAGUACUUCCAAAGAACCUUGGAGUAUAUUGCGGAAGAGCAACAGGCCGAUGUUUUUGAAGGCAUAGUUGUAUGA